AUGUGCCCUAUUAGAUAUCUGACUUGGAAGGACAUGCUAGAAGAACUUAAAGAAGAGUGUUGGCAUGUUGUAAAUCGAAAAUACAUCGUCCCUGCUAAUCCUACUGCAUACGCGGCUCUGAAGAGAUUUACCUUACAGAAAAUUGGGAAGGCUUGGAGGGAUCACAGGUGUAGGUUGAAAAGCACUCAUUACAUACCGCAUCCAAGAAACAAAGUACGAGUGAAGAGCAUCCGACCCAAGGGAUGCAUACCAAAAGCUUGGGAUGUUCUUGUUGGGCAUUGGUACACUGAUGAUACAGUGAUAGAGUCAGAGAAGAGUAGGGACUGUCGUUCUAAACGGGAUGACUUACAUACUGCUGGUUCUUGUAGCUAUGCCGUGCACGCUACAAAGAAGGCAAAAGCGGAUGGACGUCCUAUAGAGCGUGCAACAUUAUAUUCAAUACUGUAUACUUGUAAAGAUGGAUCUGUAGUUAAUCCUGUAGUGCAAGAAAGAAUGGAUAAAAUGAAGGAAUUGUUGGCUAACCCUUCAAAUCAAUUGAAAUCAUCUGACAUAAGUGGUAGUAUUGCAUGGUCAUUGGAUGAUGUGUUUGCCAAAGUGAUGGGUAAGGAGCGCAAAGGUCGUAUUCGUGGGGUAGGAUUUGGUCCAAGACCAAGUGGCCAAAGUAGUAAGAGUGCUCUCACGGACAUUCAAAUAUGA